AUUCUGAACACCGUGACGCUUAACACAGGCGUCCGCUCCCCGCGCUCCGUCGUCCUCUCGAGUAAGAAGUGCUGCCGUUUGGUGGUCGAGUCGGCCAGAGGACCUCGCGCCGUUGACAUCACGGGCUAUCCUCUCGUCCCAACUUUCAUAUUCCGUCAUUUGUGCGAAGUCGCUUGUUCGGCACACACCGGUGUGAACGAACAAUGGACGUAGAAGAGUUUCGUAUACGGGGUAAAGAGAUGGUGGAUUAUAUUUGUACUUAUAUGAACACCUUAAAAACGCGACGCGUUACACCAUCUGUAGAGCCGGGCUACCUCCGCACCACCCUUCCGGCAGAAGCUCCCAUCCACCCUGAGCCCUGGGAUGACGUUAUGAGCGAUGUGGAAACCAAGAUCAUGCCCGGUGUAACACAUUGGCAGCAUCCACGGUUCCACGCAUAUUUUCCGGCGGGUAAUGGAUAUCCUUCUAUACUCGGAGAUAUGCUUUCAGCAGGCAUCGGAUGCAUCGGAUUUUCCUGGGCAGCAAGUCCAGCCUGUACGGAAUUAGAAAUAAUUAUGUUAGACUGGAUGGGAAAAGCCAUAGGACUACCACCCGCGUUUCUAGCACUUGAGGAAGGUAGUAAAGGCGGUGGAGUCAUUCAGGGAUCAGCGAGCGAGUGUGUUCUCGUUUGCAUGUUGGCAGCAAGGGCUGUCGGUAUCAAACGAUUGAAGCAUCAGUUCCCCACCGUCGACGAGGGUCUAUUGCUCUCCAAGUUGAUCGCAUAUUGUUCUAAAGAGGCUCAUUCUGGCGUUGAAAAGGCCGCUAUGAUCAGCUUCGUUAAACUUCGCAUCUUGCAAACGGAUGAAAAUGGAUGCUUAAGAGGCCAAACCUUAAAAGAAGCUAUGGAAGAAGAUGAAGAGGCUGGACUAGUGCCAUUCUUCGUAUCGACUACAUUGGGCACAACAUCAUGCUGUUCUUUCGACAAUUUGCCCGAGAUAGGUCCCAUUGUGCGAAAGUUCUCACGCGUGUGGCUGCACGUGGACGCGGCGUAUGCGGGCAACGCAUUCCUCUGCCCUGAACAUAAAUGUCAUCUAGCUGGGAUCGAAUACGCAGAUUCGUUCAAUACUAAUCCGAAUAAACUGAUGCUUACGGCGUUUGAUUGCUCCUUACUAUGGGUAACUAAUCGAUAUUUACUAACGUCGGCUUUGGUAGUGGAUCCCUUGUACCUACAGCAUUGUUACGACCAUACCGCUAUUGAUUACCGGCACUGGGGAAUACCGCUCAGCCGCCGCUUUCGCUCGCUCAAGCUGUGGUUCAUGCUAAGGAGUUACGGCAUCAGCGGUUUGCAGAAGUAUAUAAGACGACACUGUGAAUUAGCAAAAUACUUUGAAAAGCUCGUGAAAAAGGACGAAAGAUUUGAAGUUUGCAAUCAAGUGAAGUUGGGACUAGUGUGCUUUCGUCUUGUAGGAGGUCCCGAAGAAACACCUCAGCAAGUCGAUGACCUGAACAAGAAAUUACUAACAAAUGUUAAUGCCUCUGGGAAACUGCACAUGGUUCCCGCUUCGGUGCGCGAUCAAUUUGUUAUCCGUUUCUGCGUAGUGAGCCAACACGCUUCUCGGGAAGACAUUGAGGUUGCUUGGGAUAUUAUAACAGACUUCGCUACGGAAUUAAUCGAAGGCCCAGACAAAGAAAGGGACUUGAACGAGGAACGCGCUCGUAAGCACCGCGCCGCUUUGGCGCACAAGCGUUCGUUCUUCGUGCGCAUGGUGAGCGACCCGAAGAUCUACAACCCCGCCAUCAACAAGACUCCGCCGCCGCAGCCCACCAGCCCGGGCACGCCGCCGCAGCCUGCACCCGCCACCCCAGACACGCCUUCCGACGCCGACUCCAUUCGGCUUGUCCCAUCAACUCCGAAACAGUCGUCUUGGAUAAGCUGGCCUCUCGCUUUCUUCUUCCAAAGCGUUGAUAACGAUGCUAAUGAUCUGCCGCUCAGGUUCCGUCACCUGGACACCAUGGUGCGCUUGAAGAGCCCGCACCCCGGGCGGCGCGGCUCCACGCCCGGCGCGUCGCCCGAGCGCCGCGCGCCCUCCCCCGCCCCGCACUGACCGCCCAAGCGUAUACGCGUUGACCAUGCCAUAUUCUAUCAAUAAAGUCA